UCAAAAUCCUGCACCGGCAGGCAGGCAGGCAACCAGUUUCUUGACGUCUGGACAGCUUCGUUUGUCGCGCUUCUUCGUGGUGGACUUUUAGUGCAUUUGGCCAGUGAUUGAGUGAUCUAGUGAGAGUGAAGAUGAAGCUGUUCGUGUGUUUGAUAUUGUGUUUCACCCUGGCACUUGCGGAUCCUGGUGUGAUCGGACCGCAGGAUGCACGUAAGGUGCGUACCCCGGCGAGUGGACCGACGACUUACAAUACCAUUUCGCCGCCGGACAGUGAAACGUUAAGCAAACUGCAGAACCAAGUGGCACCGACGGUUCAAAUCCCGAGCAAAUCGCCCACCACGGCUAAGGUACCGGAAGUAGCGUCGCCGUUCCACACGAUCGCACCGCCGAGUGCACUGCCGUCACCCUACCUGCGACAACCGGCGCCCGCGAUCGCUCCCGUUUCGGCCCAGGGUCAAUACUAUCUGGCCAUGGUUCCACAGCCCGCAGGCAAUCAUAUGCUGCAGCCUGCGACGACGCCCCUGAUCAUGCAGUACAUCAAUCCUCAGGGACAACCUACCGGUGGUCUGCAAUACAUUCAGCUGCUACGUCCGGCCGUUUAUCCGUACGCGGUAAACCAGCAGUACCAAGCAGCGUAUCAGCAGUAUCCGAGUUAUCUGCAGCAGUCUCCCGCAAGCCUCAGCAACUCGGCACAUGGUCCGGUCCCUCCGACACCGUACAGCGUGUCUCCCACUCCUCCACCGACUACUUCCACUACGCAGGCUGGAUUUCUUCCAUUCCAGCCCGCCACACAAUAUGCCCCUGUAAGCCACGCACAGCAGCAUCCACAGCAACCACAAGCAUACAGUAAUGGACCAGUCGGACAGUACUCUAGCCCCGUCCUCUCGUACUAUCCGCAUCGGUUUCUCAUCAACCCGUCGGAAUUGAACUUCAACACGAACGAAUAUGUGCCAUCGCCCGGUGACGGUGUUUACCUUAAGGGCGUGAAGAGUAUUCGGGCUUAAGGGUCCGGGUAGCUUCCUUUAAAUCCUGGUGCAAUCGUAGCUGCAAACCCAACAUCAAAGUACAACCGAUAAUCCCGCUGAUCCGAUUACAAACCCGCCCACAGUUUUAUAGUAUUAACUAUCCCACCCACUUGUGACUGUGUUUGUUGUUUUAUCGAUUAAUUUAUAUCUGUUUCUAACAUGUGUCGUUCCCUGCCAGACUCCACCUGUUCCAGAGACAAAUAAAAUUUUAAAACAAUCGAUUUUGUUCGCAAAUAUUUUUUCACUGA